AUGACGAAGUUCGAUCCCGUGGCGAAGGGCGAGCGCGGACGCGGGCGCGAGACGGUGACGGCGCGCGAGCGCCGGGCGCGCAUGGAGACGUUCAGGGUGACUGGGACCCAUCCCGAGCUCGCGGCGCUCGAGGCGGCGUCGAGGGCGGACGACGCGCGACGACGGCGCGAGAAGCGGCAGCGCGCGGGCGUGGCGACGCGAGGGAAGGCGUACGUGGACGUCGCGAUCGAUGGCGCGCUGAAGGGGUCGAUCGUGAUCGAGCUGUUGGAGGAUGUGGCGCCGAUGGCGUGCGCGCGAUUCGCUCGACGGCUCGAGCGGGAGGCGGGAGACGAGGAUGGCGUGGCGUACGGAUCGUCGUGCGCGAUGACGCGGGUGGAUGAUGAAUUGCGAGUGGUUUUUGGUGCGAGAGGUGUGUCCGAGACGUCGGUGGUGGAGGUGGAGGGGGAUCUGACGCACGGAGCGGCGAGCGUGGGCGUGGAUCGAACGAGCGGAGAGUUUUCAAUCGCUACGGCGAAUUGCGCCUCCUUGGAUGCCUCUUCGCAGUGCGUCGGGCGGGUGGUGAGUGGGUUGGAGAUUUUACGCGCGAUAACGCAUCGCGAUCGAGGGGUCAUGGCGCCGCGCGACGUCACCGUACUGGCGUGCGGAGUCGUUCGAGGGGCGUGCGACGUCUCCACGCUCGUGGGGGUCGCCGCAAAGGCGCGCGUCGAGGCCGCGACGAAGGCGCGCGCGACGGCGGAGGCGAGGAGAAAUGAGACUCAACACGACACGUUGAAGCGCUUGCGCGACGAGAGCGCGGCGAAGGGGGUGGAAAUCUCCGACGCGGUUCGCUCGACAAUCGCCGCGAAGAAGAAACCAGACGCGCCGCCAAAAAAGCCAAAGAAGAGCAUGCUGGACUCGGUUUUGGGAUCGGACUCGGACGAGUCGGAUAAAUAG